AUGUCCGCCCCCUCUGCGGGGGAGGGAAGGGGGCGCUGGGACCCCCGGGGAUUCAACCGCAGGUUGUGCCUUGAGACCCACGCUGCUCCCCCGGAUCUCCGGACCCGCCCCGCCCCUCCCAUCGGGGACCGAGCCUGGAACAACGGGUGCAGCGAAGGACCGGCCCGGGCCGCGGGGGAGGCGGGGGCGGUGCGGGGGGCGGGGGGCGGGGCGGACGGGGGGUCUCAGAGCGAACCGGACCCCCGAGCUCACGGCAGAACCCCAGGCGGCUCCCAGUCAGCGGAGAUCGACAUGGAGCCUUGGACCCUGGCCCUGCUUCUUGGGGCCCUGCUGAUCCACGGCCUGGCCUACGCCGCCAGCGGCAACCCCCAAGAACAAGCUGGGCCUUUUCCAGAGGAUCGAGACCCCUUCCACUAUGAUUACCAGUCUCUGAGGAUUGGGGGGCUGGUCAUCGCAGGGAUCCUCUUCAUCUUGGGAAUUCUCAUCAUCCUCAGCCGGAGAUGUCGCUGCAAAUUCAAUCAGCAACAGAGGACGGGGGAACCCGAUGAAGAGGAAGGGGCCUUCCGCAGUUCCAUCCGCCGCCUGUCCAGCCGGAGGAGAUAGGAACCCCUCCCCUCGACACCCGACCCUCCCUACAGGUCCUUCCGGCCCCGAUACUCUCCUGGCCCAGCUCGAGGUGGGGGGGGGGGGGUGCGAAGGGAUAUAGGGCAGGGGGCGGCGCUGUCCCCCUCCCCGAGCUCUGAACCCCCAACCCUGUAAUAAACCCGGUUCCAUGAC